GAGACUGGUUCUAAAAAAAUCAAUAUCCAAGGCGCGUGUAGUGUGUUCUAUCGAUCUCACUUCUCUCUCCCACGCUCCCAAAUGUUACGACUUGGUGUGCUUGGUCUGGUGAAAUAUAUGAUAGUAUUGAUAGCCUAUAUAGAGAUUUUAACACAGAAGGGAAAGAAAGACGGCCCCAAAGUUCCCAAAACUUAUUUUUUAGCUUUGUUGCUCCACUAUAUCAGGCUUGAGGGAUAAGACAUGCAAAGGAAUUACAGUUCAAGAAAAUACUCCCCCCCCCCCCACACACACAGCAGUUCCGAUAGAAAUGGCCAACUAUGAUGAAACAAGAAAUGAGCUCCUAGACUCAACAAUAAAAAUUCAAGCUAUUGGAUGUUUUGUUACUAUAAUCAACAAUUCAUCAGUUACUGAAAAAUAUUUCACUUGCAAUGGUAGAAAGUUGAAAUAAAAAACAAAAAAAAAAAUGACAGACUCAUUAUUAAAAGGAAAACGAUUUUAUUGUCGUGAAUGGGCUUUUAUGAAAUUGCUUCAUUGUCUAGAAACUAGAUCAACCUCUAAAACAUGUGGGACUCUGGUGAUGGGUGGACCAGGAAGUGGGAAAACUGCUUUAGGUUGUGAGAUGGUUUGGCCUACAUCUCAAGGAAAGCAAACUGCUCUCAAGUCACGAAUUCUGGCAUAUCAUUUCUGUCAGGCACAUGAUUCAUCUUCUCUGUCAGUUGUCACUUUUAUAAAAAGUUUAGUUUCUCAAGUUUCUCUUUCAGGACUUGUUAGAGAUUUUAAAUCUCAGGUUUCUUCCCCUGCCAUCCAACAUGUUCUUGAUCCUAUAGAGUGUGAAGCUAAUGCUGAUGAAACUUUUAAAGUGGCAUUCCUUGAACCACUUCAUGCUUCAGAACCUCCUGAGCAACCUUUAAUGAUCUGGGUUGAUUCCAUAGACGAAUCAUAUCUUCAGCCUGUCAAUGAAAGGGUAACGUGUAGUCAAACUAUAGCUGAGCUUUUGGCCAACCACAAUGCUAAUUUUCCUCCAUGGUUAUUGCUAGUUUGCUCAGCAAGAAAACAAAGUAAAGUUGUCACCCGCAUGUUUACUGGAUUUAGAAAGCUUAGUUUAGAUGAUUUACGCAAGUCACACGUGGUGAGAGAUGUCCAGCAAUAUAUACUGUGUAGAUUGGAUGAGGAAGAUGGCUUGAGACAACAUUUAAGUAGAGACACUGCAGAAAUGCUUAAUCAACUCCAUAUUAAAAGCAAUGGCUGUUUUCUGUAUCUGGAAAAAGUGUUGGAUGGAGUUGCUGAGUCAUUUAUUAUGCUCAGGGAAGUGAAAGAAAUACCAGGAACUUUAAAUGGUCUUUAUUUAUGGCUGUGUCAGAGAUUAUUUAUAAAGAAGCAUGUAGUGAAAAUUCAACCUAUUUUAAAUGUGCUUCUUGCUUCUUCUACCCCAGUGAGUACUGAUGAACUUUUUGAAUGUAUGCUUGUAAAAGAAACAGAUAUCAAAAGAGAAGACUUUGAACAAAGACUAAAACUUCUGAGUCGGAUUUUAUUCAAUGGACCAAGAGGUGAACAUAUUUUGUUUCAUCAUAGCUUUGCUGAAUGGUUGCUUGAUGUCAAACAUUGUACCCAAAAGUAUCUUUGUAAUGCUGGUGAGGGCCAUGCUAUGAUAGCAUUACGCCUCUUGCAACAUGCAGAAGAACUAACUACCUCUGGCAUUCAAGACUUAGCACUACACCUGGUUAGGGCCAAUUUUUCAGAGUCAAUACAUUUUGAACAUUUGACACAAAUGCUGUUGCUUUCAGGGGCUAAAAUUGAGAAAAGUCUGUAUGAUGGGUUGCCAAAAGAUGCAAAAGUUUUAAAACUCCUGACUGAUGCUGGAGCAAGAGUGGACUUAAUGAGUGCAAGUAUGUGUAGUACUGAUUCAUUAAGUAUGCAGAAAGCAAGUUGUGAAGUUGUCUGCAGCUAUAUGAGUCUAGAUGAGUCAGAUGCCAAUGGUCGGACUCAGCUUCAUACUGCAGCUCAUAGGGGUGAUAUUCAGAAAGUCAGUUGUUUAGUUGCAAGAGGGGCUGCACUUGAAAUACAAGAUCGUUCCGGACAAACUGCACUGACCUUGGCUGCACGUCAAGGUCAUUCAAGUAUCAUUACAGUCUUACUGAAUGCAGGAGCAAAUGUAGACCAUUCUGAUCAUGAGGGUUGGACAGCAUUACGUUCAGCAGCAUGGGCAGGUCACACCAAGGUAGUAUCACUUCUAUUAGAUAAAGGUGCCCAAGUUGAUCAUGCUGACUCAGAGCAAAGGACAGCAUUAAGAGCAGCUUGUUGGGGAGGUCAUGAAGAUAUAGUCAGGCUACUUUUAGAGCAUCAAGCAGACGUCAACAAAACAGAUCAUGAAGGAAGGACAGCUUUAAUAGCUGCAGCUUACAUGGGACAUGUUGAGAUUGUUGAACAGCUCCUUGACCAUGGCGCCAACAUAAAUCAAGAGGACAUAGAUGGACGCACUGCCCUCAGUGUUGCAUGCUUAUGUAUUCCAGCUAGUGAAGGUCAUGAAAAGGUGGUAAGUCUCCUGCUUGAACGCUCUGCAGAGGUCGACCAUACAGAUAAGGAUGGAAGCACACCACUCUUAGUUGCUGCUUAUGAAGGUCACUCUGGAGUUUGUGAAAUGCUUUUGGAGUGGGAUGCUGAUGCUGAUCACGUAGAUAAUAAAAAUAGGACUCCACUUUGGGCAGCUACUUCCAUGGGUCAUGAACAAGUUGUAAGGCAACUUUUAUUUUGGGGUGCAGCAGUUGACCACAUUGACUUUGAAGGAAGAACUGUUUUGAGUGUUGCAGCUGCUCAGGGAUCAGAGUCUGUAGUCAGGCAAUUAUUGGACAGAGGUUUAGAUGAGAUGCAUAGAGAUAACUCUGGAUGGACACCACUACAUCUAGCAGCUUAUGAAGGACAUUUGCAUGUUUGCCACAUGCUUUUAGAGCAAGGAGCCAAACCAAAUGAAGUUGAUAAUGAUGGCAGGAUUGCACUUAUACAAGCGGCACAGGAAGGUCAUUUGGAGGUUGUGAAAAAACUUGUGGAAUAUGGUUCUAAUGUAAAUCAUAGGUCCCAUGAAGGAAAGACUGCCUUGCGUGUGGCUGCUGUUGAAGGACAUAUACAGGUUAUUGAGUAUCUCCUCCUAGUUGGCGCUGACAUAAAUUAUAAAGAUGCUGAUGGUAGGACCACCCUGUAUGUGAUCGCAUUAGAUGGGAACCUUGAGAUGACUCAGACUCUCCUGGCUAAUGAUGCAGAUAUUGAGGCUGUUGAUAAUGAAGGCAGAACUGCUCUACAUGUGGCUGCAUGGCAAGGAAAUGUAGAAGUUGUUAGAGCUUUGGUCCAGCGAGGGGCAAGAGUAAACUCAGUGGACAAUGAUCGACGCACUGCUGUGCAAUCUGCAUCCUGGCAAGGUCAUGAGCAAGUUGUCAAAUUGUUGCUUGAAGCAGGAGCUCGAGUGGAUCACACAUGCAAUCAAGGUGCGACAGCAUUAUGCAUUGCUGCCCAGGAAGGGCAUGAAGAUGUAGUCAGAACAUUGUUGAGUUUUCAAGCAAAUCCCAACCAUGCUGACCAGUUUGGGAGGACUCCUUAUAGGGUAGCUUUAAAGAGCAAUCAUAAUGUUGUUUGUAAAAUAUUGGAAGAUUUUGGUGCCAUUGUACCUGGAGGAGCUAAAAGUAGAAGUAACUCCUCAGCAUCAAGUGGAGAGAUAAAGCUGAACACUCCAAUCUCAGCAACACAGGGGGCGAUAACAGGAUCAGCUCGAAGCUCCAGUACCCAAGGCAUGGACAUGACAACUGUAAUCAUGCCACCCUCUUCCAGCUCACCCCAGUCUUCAGAUCACCUCAAAUCUUAUAACUCUAAUCAUUCCUCCUCCAAAUCCUCUAGUAUUAAGACAUCUUCCACUAAUCAAAGCAGUCAGAGCAGUUUUGCUAACAUGUCUAGAUUAGACAGAGAAUGUUUAACCUUUACUCAACAGUUACAGCAAUGCUCCAUGGGUAAAAAUAGGUCACGACCUAUUAGCCGAGUUCUUUCACCAGUGAGUGAACCCCAGAGUCCCAUCCACUCACCUUGUCAUACACCAGUUCUACACAGUCAAGCAGCUCAUGAGAGACUACAGCAAAGAAACAUGAAUAUUCUCUCACCUUCUCCAGUCAAACAGGGCUCAUGUAAGCCAGAGAGAAUAUCAGCAACAAUAAAUAUCAUAACAAACCCUCAUGCUGAAAUGAUGAGUUCUGUUGAAGAGCCCAUCUGGCAGAGAAAUCCUUCCCAUCCAAUUAACUUUGCUUCAGCUACUAACAGCAGCAGUAGUAGCAGCAGUGGGUCCCAGCAGCACCACCACACUGUUUACCCAUCCCCCACCUCAGAUGCUUCCUCUAAACUCAGUGUAGGAGUUCCUGUUGGUAACAACAGCCCAGACAUGAGAAGGAAAAGAAAUGGUAUUGUUACUAAUCCAAAGCUUCUCAAGUCUGGAAUAUCAAAAAAUACACCUUUCUAUAAUCAUUUAUCCUGUGAUUCUGCUGCUGAAAAAUGUAAGUAUACCAUACCAACAUCUAAUGACUUAAAUAAUAUCUUACUUGCUAGUAGCAAUGGUGCCCCUGCAUCUAUGAGUGUGGUGUCUCAUACCUGUGAUAAAGUGACACCUAUCAAGCAGAACAGUGAAACAAAACCUGUCAGACCUAAUGGACUACCUAUUAAAAUAGUUAAUUCUACACAGUAACUCAAUUACUUAAGCUGAAAAUUGUGUGUCAACAUGACAAAUUUGGGUGAGUCAAAAGCCAUCACUGUUUAAUUACUUCAUUACAAAACAUUAUCUGUAAUGCCAGUUAUGAUUCUACAUUUAUGACGCAUUCAUAAGUUCACUAAUAUUGAUGUAACUACCCUAAAUUUGGCUUGUAAGUGUGAUAUUUAAUGGUAAGAUAAACCACUUGCCUACUGUUGUGCACAUCAACUCCAGAAAAAGGUUAAUGUAACUUUUUGAAUAUUAAAAGAGUUUAACUUCAAUUGAGUGAAACAAUUUUGACCAGCAUUUGAGCUUCCUGCAUCAAUCAAAGGCCUAAAUAAAUGAAAACUGGUGUUCACAGAGGGAUUAGAACUCCCCAAAUGGA